CUCUGGGAAGGUGAAGCGGUUAAGGUCGGUUCCGCCGCCGGUUCGUCCGAUUCUCUUUAGUGUUUGCCGUGUGUCGGCAGCGGGAAGCGGCUCCUCUUUCUUGCUUCGUGAGCGAAUGGAUUGACUCGUUUCUUCAGAAAUUCGGCUUCAAGCUCGCUUUUUUGAAGAAAGGAGAGAUCCUGCUACUGCAUAUUUCUGAUCUUAACCAGCACCUCUGCAAUCUUCCUAUAAAUCUAAUCUAAGUUAAUGAGUUGGAAGUGUGAAAUGUCUCAAAUUCAGGUUCAUAACUCAUCCUCCAGUCUAUCGCAACCUCUUAUGGGUAGUAGUGUUGGUCAGAGCAUUCCUUCUGGUAUUGGUCCUCUGCCAUCAGAAAAUGCUAGUAGGCCCAUUCAAAGCUCCGCUUUACCUUCCAUGUCUGCCACUUCCACCACCGCAGCUGCAGUUCCUUCAAACAUGGCAAACCCCAAAGAGAAAACCCCUAUGUGUCUUGUGAAUGAGUUAGCCCGUUUCAACAAGAUUCAGCCAGAAUACAAAUUGUUAAAUGAACUUGGUCCAGCUCACGCAAAGGUUUUUACAGUGCAGCUGACACUUGGUGACCAACACUGGGAAGCUGAGGGAAGCAGCAUUAAGAAGGCUCAACAUGCUGCAGCUGCAAAGGCCUUAAUGGAAACCAAUCUCCCAAAACCACCACCUCGUCCCCCACGUAAUGAUUCAAAAAAUCCUGACAGUGUAACUCCAACAGUAGAACUGAAUGCCUUGUGUAUGAAAAUGGGAAAGAAACCAACCUAUAGACCAAUUGAUCCUUAUCCUGGAUUAAGGCCAACCUACAAUAUGCUGAGAAAUAAUGCUUAUCCUCAAAGGUAUUUUUACCCUUUUCCCCCUGUUGGACCAGUCACUUACCAAGUUGAGCUUGUAAUUGGAAAUCAGCAAUUCCAGGGAAAGGGAAGAUCAAGGCAGGCUGCUAAACAUGAUGCGGCUGCCAAAGCACUCAAAACCUUGCAAAAUGAAACCCUGCCAUCCAAAUUACCAACUAUCAAUGGAAAAGAAACAGAUGAUGAUGAUCUCAAUAAAUCUGAAAUAAGCCAAGUAUUUGAGAUUGCACUGAAAAGAAAUAUGCCUGUGAACUUUGAAGUAAUAAAAGAAAGUGGCCCACCACAUAUGAAAAGCUUUGUUACUAAAGUAAUGGUUGGAGAGUUUUCAGCUGAAGGAGAGGGGAAGAGCAAGAAAAUUUCGAAGAAAGCUGCUGCAAUAGCUGUUUUGGAGGAACUGAAAAAACUUCCACAGCUUCCAACAGUAGAAAAAGUGAAACCACGCAUAAAAAAGAAAACCAAGUCAAUAGUGAAGCUACAGACAAGUCCAGAGUAUGGGCAAGGAAUGAAUCCCAUCAGCCGUCUAGCUCAAAUUCAGCAAGCAAAAAAAGAAAAGGAGCCUGAAUAUACAUUAAUGGUAGAACGAGGCCUUCCUCGCCUCAGAGAGUUUGUUAUGCGGGUUAAAGUUGGUGGUCAAGUAGGAGAGGGAAUGGGCCCAAAUAAGAAAGUUGCCAAGCGAAACGCAGCUGAGAAGAUGCUGGAACUUUUAGGUUUCAAAGUUCCUCAGCCUCAGCCACCUAAACCAGCUUUGAAAACUGAAGAAAAGCCAACUGUGAAAGAAUCUGUGAAAGGGCGUAAAGUGACGUUUUUCGAGCCUGGUUCCUCCAUAGAAGAUACAGCCACAGUUAAAGAUGGUAGCAUGCGCUUGGAAGAUGAAUUUCGAAUGCCUUAUCCCAGCCACCAACAACUGCCUGCUGGAAUCCUUCCUAUGGUUCCUGAGGUAGCCCAGGCUGUUGGAGUCAAUCAAGGGCAUCAUACCAAAGAUUUCAACAGGCCUGCAGCAAAUCCAGCUAUGGCCACUUUCACUGCAAUGAUAGCAAGAGAACUCCUAUAUAGUGGGACAUCUUUAACUGCAGAAACUAUUUUGAAAAAUAAUCCUGCAGCUCGCAAGCCACAAAGCACCCUUACCAGACCUUCAGAGCAAUUGGAAUUUUUGGCUACUGUUCAAGCAUUACAGGUUGAAUAUAAAGAUUUUCCAAAAAACAAUAAAAAUGAGUAUGUGUCGCUGAUUAACUGUUCAUCCCAACCUCCCCUGAUUAGUCAUGGAAUUGGAAAAGAUGUUGAAUCCUGUCAUGAUAUGGCUGCACUUAAUAUCUUAAAACUGUUGUCUGAGCUGGACCAACAAAAUGUAGAAAUACCAAGAACAGGAAAUGGACCAAUUGCUGUAUGUGUGAAACAAGAGAUUGAUGGUGAUUCUCAUAUCAAACCGGCUAACUCAAACACUUUAGGACAAACACUGGAGGUCACUGACUGAAAGCCUUUUAUUGACCCAAAGCGCCAAGCACCAGAGAAAAUCGGAUGCUUCCUGUUCUGUGACUUGUAACUUAUGUUUUGGAGAACUACAGUUUGAAUUUUGCUGUAGUAUCUAAAUCAUUAAGUUGCUUAACUUUUUAAAAUAGUAAUGCAUUUCAACAUUAAUUCAUUUUUUUGAUGAAGGAAAUUUGUUCCUAAUGUUUCAUUGGAACCCUGUUAACACCAAUAUCCAGCAGCAAAAAGUUAGAAUUUCUGUUGAUGACUCUCCAAUAGUACAUUACAUGAUGAUUGAAAAAUUGCUUAACAAAAUCAGGGUCAUAUCCAACGUAUGUAGUUCGUGAUUUGGUACCUGUUUGAAUUGGCCAUUAACAACAUAAACCAUCUUGGUUUAAACAAAACUUGGUGCUAGUUUAAAAAGUAGCGUGCCUGCAUUUUCAUAAUUAUAUAUCCAAAAGAAGAAAGUUGAAACUCUAAAUUUAAUUCAGUUUGAAUAAGUUAUAAAGACUGCCUCUUUGUUCACCCUUGAAAGAUGGUAUCUAGUAGAAUGUUUGGUCUUCUAGAUUAAGUUUGUAUUUUUAAUCUUUUUUAAUUUGGUAAUUCUGAACGACUUUGAUUUUUGUUUUUAUAUUAAACUUUGUUUAUAUUAAAAGUAAUUUUCAACAGUGUACAAGAAUUACAUUGUUGGAUAUGAUCUGUUACCUAGCUUAUACCAGAAAUUGCAGAUUACUGUAAAUCUUGGUGUAGGGUAAAAUGUAAGAUGUUGUGUUGUACUUUAUUAAUGCUUUGAUGUAAUGUUCCAUGUGAUGUACACAAAGUGUGUACAGUAAACAUUUUGCUUAUUGUCCAAGUAAAGCACGAAUCCCUUGCCAAGUCAAAACUUUGUUACUUUACUUUUGGACUUUUUUUUUCCUUCCCAUGUACUGUACCUAUGGAAUGGAGAAGUAAAAAUUGGUGUUUGUGCAAAA